CAUGCAGCCCAAAUUAAUCCCAUCCUUCGCGUCAUGGGCGCUCCCCGCUGUUUUCGAUGCCUUGCCUUCCAGACUGGGCCGGAUGGUGGAAUCGCCUUCAAGAUGAAGGGGCUGGCUGUCACGUACUAUGUAUAUAUAAAGCCCGUCUCGUCGCCCAGCUGGCUGGUUUUGUUCCUCGCCCAAGCCAAUCCUUCCUUUACUCUCUCAUUUCCCCAGUCAACUCACCUUUCGUUCUGUAGAUCAGAACAGUCCUUCGUUUACUCUGUUGACCAGAUAACCGACAACCAUGCCUGCCAAGUCCUCUUUGCUCCUCGCGACCCUGGGCGCUGCCCUUGUGUCUGCCGCCCCUGCGCCUUCUCGCGCCUCCGACUUCAACAAGCGGUCCACCUGCACCUUCACUGAUGCUGCCACUGCCUCCGAGAGCAAGACCUCUUGCUCCGACAUCGUCCUCAAGGACAUCACCGUCCCUGCCGGUGAGAUGCUGAACCUGAAGGACCUCAACGACGGCACCACCGUCACCUUCGAGGGAACCACCACCUGGGAGUACGAGGAGUGGAGUGGCCCUCUCCUCUACAUCUCCGGUAAGGAGAUCACCGUCACCCAGGCCUCCGACGCUGUCCUCGACGGCAACGGUGCCAAGUGGUGGGACGGUGAGGGUACCAACGGUGGCAAGACCAAGCCCAAGUUCUUCUACGCCCACAGCCUCGACGACUCGAAGAUCUCCGGCCUGUACAUCAAGAACACCCCCGUCCAGGCCAUCUCCGUUGAGUCGGACAACCUGAUCAUCGAGGACGUCACCAUCGACAACAGCGACGGUGACUCCGAGGGUGGCCACAACACCGACGGUUUCGACAUCAGCGAGAGUAGCUACGUCACCAUCACCGGUGCCGUGGUCAAGAACCAGGACGACUGUGUCGCCAUCAACUCUGGUGAGAACAUCUACUUCUCCGGCGGUACCUGCUCCGGCGGCCACGGUCUCUCCAUCGGCUCCGUCGGCGGCCGCGACGACAACACCGUCAAGAACGUGACCUUCAUCGACUCGAGCAUCUCUGACUCCGAGAACGGUGUGCGCAUCAAGACCGUCUACGACGCCACCGGCACCGUCGAGGACAUCACCUACUCCAAUAUCAAGCUCUCCGGCAUCACCGACUACGGCAUCGUCAUCGAGCAGGACUACGAGAACGGCGACCCCACCGGAACCCCCUCCAACGGCGUCACCAUCUCCGACGUCACCCUCACCGAGAUCACCGGCUCCGUCGAGUCCGACGCCGUCGAGAUCUACAUCCUCUGCGGUGACGGCAGCUGCACUGACUGGUCCUUCUCGGACAUCGAUAUCACCGGCGGUGAGACCAGCAGCAAGUGCGAGAACCUCCCCUCCGGCAUCUCCUGCUCCGAGUAAGGGCGAGCUCGCUGCAAGCAGUGGCCACAUGGGUGGAGUGCGAACUCGACUCGGCCCGUGGUUGGCUGGUAAUAGUAUUUAAUUCUUCUUGUACUCUGUUAAUCAGUCGUGUGUAUUGCAAUCAAAAACGGCAUGGACUGUAUAUAUAUAUAUAUAUAUAUACUUAUAGCCAAGUCA